UGGUGGUCGCGUUUCCGCCCGCGCCGCUAGCAGCGCUGCACCGCGUCCCUGGAGAGGCUCGCCCUGGCCCGGGACCCCAGCUGCGCCCAGUUACCGGCAGGGGCGGGCCGCCGCGGGAGGGGACGGAGCUGCCGACGGACCACGAUGCAGUGAGGGAGGGGGCGGCCGGGUUGGCCAUGGCUUCCCCGUUCCCGGCUGGCAACAGCGGCGGGGAGCCGAGCUCCGGGGAGGAGUCGGCCGGGCCGGAGGAGGAGGCCCGGGCGCUGGUGGAGCAGUUCGAGCGGGCGGCCGAGCGACUGCCGGGGCUGAUGCAGGCGGCCAGUAGGGAGCAGCUCCUCUACCUGUACGCCAGGUACAAGCAGGUCAAAUUUGGAAACUGUAACACUCCAAAGCCCAGUUUCUUUGAUUUUGAAGGAAAGCAGAAAUGGGAAGCAUGGAAAGCCCUGGGAGAUUCAAGUCCCCACCAGGCUAUGCAAGAAUACAUUGCCGCAGUGAAGAAACUGGAUCCCAGUUGGAAUCCUCAGACACCAGAGAAAAGCGGAAAGGAAGGAAAAACUGGGUUUGGAGGCCCAGUUGUCAGCUCGCUGUAUCAGGAAGAAACCAUCAGGGAGGAAGACAAGAACAUAUUUGAUUACUGCAGAGAAAACAACAUUGACCAUGUAACCAAAGCCAUACAAUCAAAAAAAGUGGACGUGAAUAUGAAAGAUGAAGAGGGCAGGGCUUUGCUCCACUGGGCAUGUGAUCGAGGACACAAGGAGCUGGUCUCGGUACUGCUACAGCAUGCGGCCAAUGUUAACAGCCAGAAGCAUGUUAGCUCACUGUGGAACGGCCAAUUCCAGUGUAACACAGUAGUUCCCAAAAAGAUGACGAAGGCCAGACAGCACUGCAUUAUGCCUCCGCCUGUGAGUUUUUUGACAUUGUGGAGCUGCUGCUGAAGUCUGGAGCUGACCCCACCCUCUUGGACCAAGAAGGAUGCCUGCCUGAAGAGGUGACAGACUGUAAAGCAAUCACUUCCAUGCUGCAGCAGCACACAGUUGGCAAAACCUAACCAGAAGGAUUGCACCAGCACGGGGCUUCAAGAAUGGACAGAAACGGCAAUAACCCCCCCCCCCCCAUUCUAACCCCCACAACCCUCUUUAAUAUGCAUUGUUUUUUGAGAGCCGGACAUGACGUUUGGGAGGGCUGGGUGCCCGGCAAAUCUACCAGCAUAAGUCUUUGGAAGGAGAGAUAUGGGAAGGAGUAUACACUGCAUAACAGGAUCCAUUUUUGCAUGCUCUGGAAUUUAUUACUGCUCUAGGUGGGUGGGGGGACUCAGAUAACAUUUGACUAUAUUUAGACACCACUGCUCUUCUGAAAAAUAUACAUGACUAGUGAGAGGUGAACAAAUCAGCACUGAAGAUUCAGAUGUGACCAGAUGAGAUCUGUGGAAAUCAGGUGUGGUACCACUGAGAGAAGCUGAGCUGUAUUUCCCUUGGCCCAGACAAAUACUAUAAAUAAAAGAGAGAGCACAAGGUCA